ACUCAAGUCCAUUCCUUAAUCCUUGUCUAUCCUUUUUAUCUGGGGAUUCAGAGCAGGCAUAUCACUAUGGGAUAGUAAGCCUGCAGGGAGACAAUGCCAUGCCUCUGAUGUUCUGUUAAAAGAGAAAGGAAUCUUUCUGUAUUUUAGUAGUCUAGCACAGCUGGGGGGCAACAUGUUUCUCAGUUUGAGUUGGUUUUGCUGUUUGGCAUUAGGGGGUCUACCUCUGGUAUGCAGUUCCUGUAUUUCGCAUUGUAGCUGUUUCUACCAUAACCUCAGUGAUGGGUCUAAAGCAAGGAGUGUUCUCUGUAACGACCCGGAGAUAUCUUCAGUACCAGUGAACUUUCCUUUAGAUACCUCCAAAUUACGAAUUGAGAAGACAGCUAUUAAGAGGGUUCCAAGUGAAGCCUUUCAUUACCUCUCUAACCUGGAGUUUCUCUGGAUGUCCUUUAAUUCUCUGUCGACUGUAAAUGCGGACAGUUUCCGUGGUCUGUAUAAUCUAGAGGAGCUAAGAAUGGAUGGCAAUGCCCUCACUUAUUUUCCCUGGGAAUCAAUCGCUGACAUGCCUAACCUACGGCUACUUGAUUUGCACAACAAUCAACUUACUUCUAUGCCAUCAGAGGCAAUGGUUUACAUGAAAAACAUCACAUACUUGGAUCUAUCCAGCAAUUAUUUGGUUACUGUACCUUCAGAACUAAUGGCAACUUGGCUGAGCGUGAAGCCAACCCAAGGUGCCUACAUUGACAAUUCAAAGAUUAUUCUAGGCCUCCAUGACAACCCCUGGUUUUGUGACUGUCAGCUUUAUGAUCUGGUCAAUUUUCUGAAGUCUCCAUCAUCUUCAGUGGCAUUUAUAGAUGGCAGACUGAGAUGUUCUGAACCCGAGAGUCUCUCUGGAGUCUUAUUUAGUGAGGUUGAACCGAGGCAAUGCCAAAUGUCAACAGUACACACUGCUGUUGCCCGAGUAAAGACUCCGGUGGGUAACAAUGUACUACUCCGAUGUAGCACCAUUGGAGUACCAAUCCCAGAGUUCACAUGGAAAAGACUUGAUGGAAAACAACUGAAUGGGACAGUGCAACAGGAAAUCUCAAAAGAGGGGAUCAUUUGGUCUAUAUUUAGUAUACCUGCUGUAUCAUAUCAUGACUCUGGCAAAUAUGUCUGCAGAGCAACAAACUUUGUGGGGAGUGCCGAAGCUAUAAUUUCUCUCGUGAUAACGGAUGUUGCAAAUGCUGAAAAUCAAACCACUACCCCCACAAAAAAAACAUGGAUUAGGAGACCAAAUGGAGUGGGGAAAGCUGCUUACCAAGAAAAGCUGGUGGCUAGGUAUGUCGUUCCAACCACAACUUCACAAACACCAAACAUUAAGCCCCUUGGUUAUACUGAAAUGUAUGCAGAACUAGAAAAUCAUAGCAUCGCUAAAAGUGGAAUAAAUGGACAGACAUCUGACCCAAACAGUAGCAAUGGCCCACAGGAUAGGAACAAAACUAAUAUGAGCAGCCUUUCAGCAAACGCUUCUUCCCUCCAACAGGAGCUGGAACGAGUGGUUAGGUCAGUAAAGAUAAUUGGGGACACUGAUCAUACAGUUACUUUGACCUGGAGAGCUCCUACAGCCAAAAACACCACCAUAUUUAGUGUCCUGUAUGCUAUCUUUGGAGAAAGGGACAUGCGCAGAAUUAAUGUCGGCCCAAGCAAGAACAGGAUCACCAUUGAUGGACUCAUGCCAAAGACAAAGUACAUUGCCUGUGUGUGCGUCAAAGGGCUGAUCCCCAAAAAAGAGCAGUGCGUAAUCUUCUCAACAGAUGAAGCUGCCAGUGCUAGUGGAACCCAAAAGCUCAUCAAUGUAGUUGUAAUCACUGUUGCCUGUGUAAUAGCCGUGCCCCUGACACUGAUCGUCUGCUGCGGGGCACUGAAAAGGCGCUGCAUAAAGAUGUUUGGGAGAAAGGCGAAAGAUAUCCAAGACUCUUAUGUCACAUUUGAAGCUUUGUCCCCAGGCCCCAAGGCAAAGGGUCUGGAAGGUGAAUAUCUGACAAGAGUCAACCCAGAAGAGUCUAACCGUCUUCUCUCAGCCAGGUCCAGUCUGGAUUCAGAAGCCACUGCUAAAAUUGAAGGGCAGCCCAAUGAGUAUUUCUGUUGAUAACCGCUUUCAUCAUCAACGACUAAAAAGGAGUUUUGUUGGUCCUUGAGCAUUUUGCCUGUGUUCCUCCUGUUUCAGGUGCCGUUCACAAUAUCGCAUAUGACGGGGUCUGAUCAGGUUUUAAACACAAAGCUCUUGCAAGGCCAUGCACCUAUGGGAAUUAUGUUACUAACAUUGACCCUUUGCUGAAAACUGUGAAAUAUUAAAAAAUAUUAAAACGGGAAUAUUUCAGUUUUGUUGCCAGUUUUACAGUAAAUAUGGUAACCUUGUUUCAGUCCAUAUCACCAUGUAAAAAAAAAUCUAAAUUCCCUAUCUUCUAUUUGUUAUGCAUUUGUAUUUGUGAUGCCUCACAUCCACUUAUUAUGACUUUGGGGGAGAAAAUGGAAUGUAAUGCAAAUAAAUAACAAUAAAUAAUUUUAAAAGACAGGUGUUAUGAUAAUAUACUACUUCUCUGAAGUAAAAUGUGAAGUGCAUGGAUUUUUAUUUAAAGGGACAAGUCAGUUAUCAUAAGUUGUAUUUAAAUGUGUAUUACGUGUAUCAUGUAAGUUUAUGUGCCAGUCUUAAUGACCUAUGAACUAAUAUAUAUAUAUAUAUAUAUAUAUAUAUAUAUAUAUAUAUAUAUAUAUAUAUAUAUACAUUAUGUGGCUAUUUAAUUGUUUGGAAAUAAAUCUUUUUUAUAAUUCUUGUUUUUUGUGUUACUCUGCACUAGCGCUACACAUUUCUUAAUAUGUAAAUUUGUUCAUACAAAAUUUAAAAUUAAAAAAAAUAUAUUUAGCCCAGUACAACUAUGUUAGUACAUCUAUUAGAAACACAAAUAUGAAAGAUGUAAUGCUAAAAUGUGGAAUAAGCAUGCAACCAUUUCAGUACCAGAAUAAGCUGAAUGUGUUUUAAUGUUUAAACAGUGUUUUCUUGUUAAGUAAGAAGCAACUCAGUUGAUUAGUAAGUGUAGUCCCAUUGGGGAAAUACUGGAAAUAUACUAGUCUGUUUGUUCAAAGGAAAAAAAAAAAAGGUUUUUCACUUGUUAAAGCUGCAAUUAUGUACAAUGUUUACGUGCCAAAUACAAGACAAUGGUGUAUUGUUAAAGAAAGUCAAAGGCUGAAAACAUUAGUGUCUGUGAAGUAGUUAGAAAUAGGUAACAGUGUCAUUGUUUUUUAUUGGUUUAUUAUCCCAAAUAAAAUGUUAACAACA